AUGGCGAAUGAUGCGGGCGACAGCAAGGAGGUGACGAACCCAUCACUGAACCCCGAUGUUUGUGCUCGCAUGGUCGAGUUCAUGCGAGGACAGUGCACGGCCAAGCAGUGGGGAGAGUGGUUGACGGUGCCGGUCGAGCUCGCAGCAGCACGUGGCGAGAAAGAGCUGACGGAAGAGCUGCUGCGGGCGGGGGCAGGCGGGGAUCCAAUCCAUGAGGCCAUACGAGCUGGACAACACGACGUCGUCAAGCACCUGCGCCAGGAACCGGAGCACCAUCACCUCCAAGUUGCUCUGCGGAUCUGCGAUAAGGCAAUGGUGUCCUUGUUGCUGGAGCUCGGCGCUGACGCUGACCCGGAAGACCACUGGACAUACGGCGAUUUGUUCUUCACGCCAAUUCACCUCGCUGCAAAGGCAGGCCAGGCCGGGAUAGUAGGCAUGCUGAUGGAUGCCGGGGCGUGCGCAGACCGGUGUGCCAACGAGGACGCAAGUACUUGGGAGCAGAGGUAUGACCCCGAGUACGAUUGGAGUGGUAUACGGAUGACGGAGAAUGCGUUGCAUUUUGGUGCGAUUGGGGGACACGUAGACGUGAUCGAUGAAAUCAUCAAGCGUCAACCAUUAACCAUGAGCUCGGUGGCGGAGUCUACGGGCUACACCGCUCUGCACUACGCCGCCAAACAUAGCCAACUAGGCGUGAUUGAUGCUCUCGUUGAGGCCGGGGCCGACCUCGAAGCUGAGGGCGGCCUGGGAGUCGGCACUGCUCUUCACGUUGCCGCUGAAUUCCCUGACAGCGAGGCCACGCUGCUGGCUCUGCUUCGGCACGGCGCUAAGGUCGACCCUAUCCGGAACGGCAGCGAAACCCCCCUCAGUGUGGCAGUCAAGGCUCGCAACGUGUGUGCUGCGAAGGCGCUUGUCUCGGCCGGUGCCGACGUGAGGGAACACCUGCUUCGCGAGUCGGUCGAGUGUUCGCAGCACGACAUGCUUCUCGCCCUGUUGGGGCGCGGUGCCCACGUCAACACGAAGGGAGCGUCCGACGGAAACACACCGUUGCACCUGGCCGCGGAGAAGAGUUUCAGGGUCAAAGUAGACGUUCUCUUGCAGGCAGGUGCCGACGAAACCGCUGUCAACCAUAAAGGUCAAACCCCAUUGGACGUGAUCGGACUCAAGACAGAUACUAUGAGAACGUUGAUGUUUGGUGACCACCGCGAAGAAGAUGCCAUUCGGACUCUGCUGGUAAACGCGCCCAAGGAUAGGGCGAACAGAGCGUGGUCUCGUCGGGGUUUCUUUGUGCUGUGUCGCGCGUUCCCCGAAAGGGUGCAGCAGCAGCUGGUGCUGUCGGGAGACGACAGGGUCAACGUCGUGUGCUCCAACGUAUGCUCCCAGGCAUCCUGUGGGAACGAUGAUGACCGCUCGGAUAGCCGCAACAACGCAAAACGAGUAGCAACCGCAGAGGAGAAGGAAGGUGUGGAGGAGCGACCGUCAGCCGCUCACGUCGAAGAGGGCGCGACAGCGUUUCGGGCUGCGAUGGGCAGGCUGAUUGGGCUACAGGUGGAGGUCGUGUUCAGGACGGUCUUGGAGUUCGUGUGAUGACUGAAGCCGGAGGUGAGACGGUACCACAAGGAUCGUCUUGUUCAAGUAGGUUCGUCGAGUCAAUGGCCCAAUCAAUUCCAUGGCAAUGUCGACGAUAGCACCCCUCGCCCUCUCGCCCUUCGGCGUAAAGUGGUUUAUGACGUGUGCUCCACUGCCAAAGGCCAACGCGGAAGCAAGCCAAGUUGUUUUCGGCGGAGGUAAUACCGAGCGUCUCAGAAGAUUGCAUUUCAACUAGUCUAGAUUUUAGUCACAACAUGGACCACGCCUCGUGGCUUGCUAGAACAGCUUUGCUGGUUUCUUCGUUCUUGGCGAGUCCGAACGGCCUUCGUUGUCCCCUCAGCGGUUGUGCUCCGGGCACGGGACGCCACCUCUCCCCCACCCUCCCUGGCUUGUCCCCGGAGCGGGAAUGGCCUCGAUGGCUUGCCGUGGCGGGUGCGGUUGGCUACAGAUUACGCCGCGAGCAAGACGGCGGCUCGGUGCUCGCGCCGGGCAUAGUAGCGUGAGAACCUAUCUAUACAUCAAGGCAACAUGUAGGCAACUGUUUUCCCCAACGAGAAACAAGAACCCGAGUCUCAAUCAAGAGAGGAGGUCCUUAAGAACGCGCGCCUACUGUAGGCAAGAUUAGCGUGGUAGAUAACAUUAUUCUGUUCGUGGGGGAAAACUCGCUCUGUGGUUUGCUGCGCUUAUUGGGGGGGUUGGGAACAUAAGUGCUGAGUGAUCCGUUCCCGUUUCGUUCAUCCUGCAUGUCGAAGGAAUAUGCAAUCAAUGCUCUGCUGCUGCGCUAUUUGCGAAAGCGACGGUUACGUUGUUGAACUCCAUAGAUACGUUACUUGAUACCUCGAUCGCCAGUUUGGGUGCAGAAAAGCGUACAAGAGGUGCCGGGGUCCUUGUUGUCGAGCUUAUCUCCAGUGGGUGCAAAUCGGUGCUUUGCAUAAAUACACCGCCCAUCUGGUCUCCAUAUCUUUAUCUUUGUUCUCGUUUCGCUGAUGGCACGCGAGACGUAAAGUCUUGCUUUAUUAUUUGGUGACGUUCUGGUUUCGUGGUUCGGGGUUUUAUUUGGAGUAGGCAAACGUUACUAUUGUUCAUUGUGGGCUGUUUCGUCCGGGGCUGCAAGAUCCGGCCCUCUUAGCAGCUCGCAGUUGCAUUUUCUAGCUACCUAUGUCGACGAGUAGCGUCGGCUUUGCGGGUCCCAAGCGUGCUAUUUUGUUUUUGCUAUUAAUAAGGGCCGAUCGUCGUGGCAGGGGCAGCGUCGUCCACGAUCGUUCAUCACGGCGGCAGAAUACUAAAUAGCUGAUCGACGAAGACGCCGCGCCACGAAACCUCACAAGAAAACAAGCUCCCAACAUACACGUCGCUGGUGGUGCAAGUACUUCGUUUGUACGUACGUACAUGACUGCAGGAAAAAGCAGCCCCCGCGAGUGAUGCUGAUAGUUUACGCGGUCGUUUCUGGGCGUUGUCGUUUUUGAACGGUCUGCAGCCGUACAUGCGGGCCCACUGCUGCAGCGAUCAACGUGUGAUACGUACAUAGUCUAGCAGUGCCUCAGGCCAACCGACCUCGGUGUUUCCGAUCGU